AUGAGUAGUAGACUGGCAUCCUUCCGUGGCCCCUCUACGCCCACUUCAUCGCCUGCUCAACAAAAAGCACCAAAUUCGCCCGCUUCCCCUUCACGUCAAGCGGAAUCCACCUUCCAUCGGAAGACAAGAACUCUUUUGCAAGAGCUUCGUUCAGUCACGGAGAUAUGGGAUGAUCUCGUUCUCCUAGACGGCUUGAAAGCAGCUCGAGAGUUAGUUGACACACGGACAGACUUAGAGAAUACCUUGAAGUUGAUUUCAGAUGGGAAACCACGAACGCACCUGGUAGGCCCCAAGCUGGCUAUUAUGGACAGUUGCAUCGCGAGAUUGGAUUCCGUCCUCAGUAAACUCCAAAAACAAUUCCAAAGGAUGAACAACAUCAUCGACAAUCUGGAAUCCCUAUUGGUCGAAGCCCACAAAGCUAAAGGCUGCGAAUGGGUACAGGAGGAACCUCUAUGGACUACCUGGUCGCUGGAGAAAUUUGUCACCCGUAUACCUGCAGUCAUACCACCGUAUCACAGGUCGCUAGCUUUGCAUGUCGAGCUUGUUGACAAAUUGCGUCCCCAUUCCCUCACCUUCGAAGAUUCCCGAAAUAUAAUCAAACAGUGGGCUGAACAGCCAUGGCUGCAGGACGACGGAUGGGCUGCGGCUUGGGAAGAUCUCUGCGAAGCAGAAGUGGAACGGUGGGGAUAG